CCAAUUCCCUGAAUUAAUUGCCACUAUGGAUUCUUCCUAUUCAUCAUCCUCCAUUGCUCGGCAAACGUGGGAGCUCGAGAACAACAUCGUCUCGAUGGAGGCGGCACCCCUAGAAGCAGCGACGUCGACAUCGUCGUCACCACCCUCGUCAACCGCCUCUGACCCCUCGUCGGACGUGAUUUUCUACUACGACGAGGCUGCACAGACCAAGUUUCAGCAGGAGAGGCCGUGGGUUCACGACCCUCACUACUUUAAGCGGGUGAAGAUCUCUGCUCUUGCCCUUCUCAAAAUGGUUGUCCACGCACGCUCCGGCGGCACUAUUGAGGUCAUGGGACUUAUGCAGGGCAAAACCGACGGCGACGCUAUUAUUGUUAUGGACGCUUUUGCCCUCCCCGUUGAGGGCACAGAAACUCGUGUCAAUGCCCAGGCCGAUGCCUAUGAGUACAUGGUCGAUUAUUCGCAGACCAACAAGCAGGCUGGCAGACUGGAGAAUGUUGUUGGGUGGUAUCAUUCCCAUCCUGGUUAUGGAUGCUGGCUUUCUGGUAUUGAUGUUUCGACACAAAUGCUUAACCAGCAAUAUCAGGAGCCUUUCUUGGCAGUCGUUAUUGAUCCUACAAGGACAGUGUCUGCUGGAAAAGUGGAAAUCGGUGCAUUCAGGACCUACCCAGAAGGAUAUAAGCCUCCAGAUGAGCCUGUUUCUGAGUAUCAAACCAUCCCCUUGAACAAAAUUGAAGACUUUGGUGUACAUUGUAAACAGUAUUAUGCAUUAGAUAUCACAUACUUUAAAUCUUCCCUUGAUUGCCAUCUCUUGGAUCUACUAUGGAACAAGUAUUGGGUCAACACGCUCUCUUCUUCUCCUUUGCUCGGGAAUGGGGAUUAUGUAGCUGGACAAAUCUCAGAUUUAGCCGAAAAGCUGGAGCAAGCUGAAAAUCAAUUGGCUCAUGCCCGUUUUGGACACUUAAUGGCACCACCUCAGAGGAAGAAAGAGGAAGAAUCUCAACUUGCUAAAAUUACUCGUGAUAGUGCAAAGAUAACUGUUGAGCAAGUUCAUGGUUUGAUGUCUCAGGUCAUUAAGGACAUUCUUUUCAACACUGUUCGUCAAUCAAACAAAUCUCAAACAAAGUCUUCAGGUCCUGAUCCUAUGGUUGAAACCUGAGCAAGUGAUUUGUAGGAAUUUGUGUUCACCAUGCUUAUACUGAUGCUGCUUUGGUCUUGAUAGAAUUUUGAUUGACAUAUCUGAUGUUAUUGGUACCUAAACGUUGAUGUUAGUGUGACAGCAGACCUGACGAUAAAUUUUUUUAACGAACGUACUAGUUAUGAUUUCCAUUGAAUUCCUUGUUUUGUCAUUAGAUGAUUAGCAUAUCUUGCUCA